UAUUCCUUGUGUCUCAAGUUAAUUCGCCUAUCAAAUCUUUUCUUAAACAAGUAGUAGAACAGGACUUGUUCAGCGAUGGUGAGCUCGUACAUUAAUGUUGACCCUUCGAAUUCGAAUAAGUCUAGAUUUCUAUAUAAACGAUACAAUAAUCCCUACUCUACUCUGUCCAGAGAUCGAAAGGGCAAACGACGAUCAAUGUCGAUGAAGCUUCACAAGUCUCUGGCCAUCAUUCUUGCAGCAGUUUUCUUUUUGCUCAGAACUGCAAAUCAGGCUUCUGGCCAAGAAGUCGAGGAUGAAAGGGAAUUCAGCUACGAGCGAGGCAGUGACAUAGGGCCGGAGCACUGGGGGGAGAUCCACCGGGAGUGGGCGACGUGCGGCGCGGGGCAAAUGCAGUCCCCAAUCGACCUAGCCAACAACCAAGUGCGAGUGGUCGCCGGCCUCAGCCAGCUGCGCCGGGCUUACGGCCCAGCCAAGGCUGCCAUGAGAAACCGUGGUCAUGACAUUGAGAUAAAAUGGGAGGAAGGUGGAGGAGGGAUGUGGGUAAAUGCGACCUACUACGUGCUGAGGCAGGCCCACUGGCAUUCUCCAUCAGAGCACACUAUCAAUGGCAGCAGAUACGCACUCGAGUUGCAUUUGGUGCACCAGAGCAGGGACAACAAGACUGCCGUGGUCGGAAUCGUGUACACCAUCGGCCGACCGGACUCGUUCAUUACGAGGAUGGAAGAAUUCAUCAGGAGAGCAAGCGACAUGGGAGGAGAAGAAGAAGAGGUGCAAUUGGGGAUCGUAGACGCGAGUGCGAUAAGCAUGGGAAGCAGCCGCAACAGCGAGGAGUAUUACAGAUAUAUGGGAUCGUUAACCACACCUCCCUGCACAGAAGGUGUCACUUGGACCAUUAUCAAACAGGCGAGGACGAUUUCAUUGGAACAGAUACAGCUACUCAGAGAGGCGGUGGACAAUGAGACGAACGCGAGACCGACACAGCAAACCAACAACAGAACGAUUGCCUUGUUUAAGCCUGCAAAGUUCCACCUUUGAGAGGAGAAGCACGUGCUACAUCGAAGAAGACAUUUAUUUAUUCAUUUAUUUUGUUUUUUUUUACAAUAAACAGUUGUUGGGAUAAAUAAAUUUUAAAAGUAAUAAUAUGUUUUAAUGGUGCUUUUGUUCUGCAAAAUA